CAUCACCCACGCUCACCCUAUCCUCAGAUACCUCGGUGGGAGUGAUGCGACAGGCAAAGCUGAAAGUGCUUGCGAAGACCCUUCUUGGCUCACACGAAGCUUUGCGAGUCUCGAUGAAAGAAGUCCAUUACAGUCCAUCAAAUGGCCCUUCCACAACCGUUAUUAAACUGCUCACAGAUGGGUGACAGGUGGUCUUAGACUCUCUGAGCCGGAUCAAUGACUUAUACCGAAGUGAAGGUCAAGUAAAUCCAUGGAAGAGUAUGUCUCAGGUGACGCAUUCACUGCUCUCAGUCACGCUCAGUGAUAAGAUGAAGGUCAGUUCGACUUGCGCUUCUGUAGACAAAUUGCUUCACAUACGACAUUCUUCUGUUUGCAACAUGCGGCUUCGUAUGCUGUGCUGACUCUACAUCCACAUGAUGUUGUCGUUAUCCAAAUUUCUCGCUUGGUCGCGUUCGUUGACAUGGAACAAACCUGAUUCCGGAGCGUGGGCACGAGGACCUGAUAGCAGGACUCUGUUGAAUCGUGACUAUCAACCAAGAACCAUGGAAAACGACGACUGGGACGCGGAGAUCGCUCGAGUCGCAUUCACCCAGCAACUACAAGACAUUGGAAACGCGUUGCGAACCAUUCCUGAAUCAUCCAAGUAUGCGGCGACGUUAAGAAAUGAAGCAGCCGCGAUUAACCUGCAGAUGCAAGAGGUGGAAGCCUUAGAGGCACGUCGAACAAGUCAGAGAAUGCAGCAUAGUAUGUACCGUGCUAUGCUCUCUGACCUUCCUCAGCUGGGCGAUUUGGGAAAUCGACAGGGUUCUACACCUGUUCGCCGCCGAGGCCAAGGACGAGCUGGUGAAACUGGCAACUGCGAAGACUGUAGAGUCAACCCCGAUGGAAGCACCCGACUCGAGGACUACAUCGAGCGGCUGAAGCUGGAUGAACAAGCGAGAAGAGAGUGUUACAUUUGCGCCGACCAGGUACUGUACUCUGAGAGCGUCGUUUUUGGUGAAUGUCCUCACUCCUGGUGUCAUGGCUGUCUGAGACGCGCAUUCGACUUGGCCAUCAAGAGUCAUGGCGGAUAUCCCGUACGAUGCUGUGUGCAGAUCCAGUCUAUUUCGCUUGACAACCCUGAUGUUGCUCUCGCUCUGGGAGACAAGAUGAUCAGUGACGCGAAGGCAAAGAUCAUGGAGUAUACACCAAAGAUCGAACCUACUGUCAUCAACAGACAUGCUCUGCCUUCAUCCCUGCCAGAUACGAUCUCGGAUCGCAUGGCCACGUGCCCGACCUGUCAGCAGCGCACAUGUGCCAGCUGCAAAGGACCAUAUCAUGAGAAGCCAGACUGUUCAGCCGUCAAUGACGAAGCUUUUGAGCAUUGGCGAGACGAGAAUGGCGCUGCAACCUGCCCAGGCUGUCAUCACGCCGUCGAGAUCACCUAUGGAUGCAAUCAUAUGAAAUGCCUGUGCGGGAUGGAGUUCUGCUACGAAUGUAGCGUUACCUGGAAAAAUUGCUCAUGUUCACGGUGGCACGUAGAUCGCCUGUAUGAUCGAGCUGCACAAGUAGCCGAGCGUCAGGGUCGGCCUGCCAAUACUGAACAAGUUGCCAGAGAAUUGCAAACAGAGGAAGACUGCCGACACAAUGACUGGACCCGAUCUGAUCUUAAUCGCUUCGCUGGCGACGAAAGAUAUGAAAUGAGUCGCUGCCGAGAUUGUGGUUGGCAUGCCAACGAUUUCUUGUGGCAGUGCGACGGGCGCGCGAUGCGGGUAUGCUCCAGAUGUCGACGCGACUACAGAGACUUCGACCACUAUCGGGACGAGUACUAAAACGCAAUCUGCAACAAUUCAGUGUGCAACGGCAACAUGUCUUGAUCCUUGGUACAACCGCGAGAGAGAUGGCCUUCAGCACGGCCGUCACCCUUGAGACAUUGGGAGGAGUGGCACUCACGAACCCGCGAUAUCGAUUGGCUACUGCGUGGUCAGACUGCUAAGCGGUUGAACGUCCACUAGUUGGCAGUGAUGAUGGAAUUGGUGGUUGCCGGCUGGCAUCUCAAGUCCAAGGUCGGCCUGAGAAGAAGUCCGUCGAGAAUGAGGAGAGUUGAUUAGAGAGGUCCCGGUGUUUUUGCGGUCAUACUGGGAUAGGACAUCAUGCGGAAGACACGCCUUUCAUAAUGUACGAAAGGAGAGACAGCGAAAGAGAGUUGGAAGGACAAUAGCACCGAAAUCCAGCUUGAAUUACUCGAGAAAGCCUGACACCUGACUCUGUUCGAGACUAGCGCCGUC